AUGGUGGUAUUCGACGACGUAGCGAGAAGGCAGGUUGCUGCGGCUGUAUUUCUAGGCAUACAAGCCGUGAAAGUCCACCAGUGGUUUGCUUCGACCGAAAUCAUCUGGUUAUGGAUUCUUCUAGAUAUAGCAUUCUUUGUUACUCUCCACUUCAUGAGGAUCCCUCUGUUGGAUUUCUCGUUGCCAAUUACUCUAUUGUUGGUCGUGUCAUUCGUCGUUGUCAACUUGAUUGCUUCUCAGUCAUCUAUACAAGAUGGUUUACAUAUACCAGGAACAGCUAUGAGUAUUGGAGGACAUGUGCCUGAGCAUAUACCUGAAGAUGGGAAUGGAACACAUAUUGUUGGAGUUCACACCGUAGUCGUCAAACCUCCAAUAGUUGGAAGCCUCAAUCCAAACUCGACGUCAUUCUGUCUAUCAGAUACUACUACCACCGUAUCUGUACCUCUACUUAUCCGUGGAUCCUGGCUUGCAGAGUACCUUGUAGAAUACGAAAGGACUCCGUAUGGUGCCAAAGUGUCUGAUCGUCACAACUUGACGGUGACAUCAGUACCAGUAUCCAAAAGCAUUGCGGAAACUCCCAUUCCGAAAUCCCAACUCACGAAAAGCCAGCUAUUCUUGAAUAAGCCUGGUCGAUAUCGACUAUUACGUGUCUGGGAGCUUAAAAAAGGAGUCCCACAUACUCUGGGCAGUGUCAUCCAUGGCGAGACAGACGUCGUCGGGUGUCCAGAAGCCAAAUGGAUCUUCACGGAUACAUCUAGGAAGCGGGAUAUAUGUGUCGAUGAACUUUAUAGGCUCGAAGCUGAACUGAAUGGCGCUCCGCCAUUCCAGCUCAGAUAUCUACAACGAAUUGCCAGAACGGAUUCGCUGAUGACGACUACUGUAGACAUAGCUUCACCAGAUACGUCGACUGGUGACGAGCAAAUCGCCCUGGAUGCAGAUGUCGCUCCUCAAAAAGUGAGGCACAGUAUAGAGCUCAGAGUAGACGUGACAGCCCCAUACUUCUUCCGUAUACUGUCUGUAUCAGACAGAUUCGAAAACUUGGUAUUCUAUGAAGACUCCAUAGAAUCGGUACCUGACGUAAAGGGCAUGGUAAUCCAUGCGUCUACGCAAGGAGAUCACCAAUUAGUAGAAGUACAUCCUCGGCCAACAGCCAGAUUCACCGAGACGGAUGCAUUCAAAUUGUUGAUGCAAAAUGCGGAUGGUAAACCAAUUGCAUCAGGAUCAGAGCUUCCUUUUGUGCUUGAUGGAUCAGCACCAUUUACGAUUACAUACCGUAAAGAUAAUGAAUCUCCUCUGAUCAAGUCCGAUAUAAGGACUUCCUUGUCUCAUAUGCCUGUGUCAACCUCGGGAGUUUACGAACUCCUGUCAGUGAAGGAUCAGUAUUGCGCUGGGACGUUAUUGUUACCUUCGCAACGGGAAGUAGUAGGUGUAUACCCUCCACGUAUCACCAUUGCUGCUGAACCACUUAUGGAGCGUUGCGUUGGAGAAGUCGGUGCAAGUGUAAAUCUUACUUUCGCUGGUGAGCCUCCCUUCCGUCUCGACUACCAAGAGAUCAGAUCAGAUACCGGGACACGCACAAACCACUAUAUAGAUUCACCAAAGUCUAGAGCCAAUCUACCACUUCGGCCAGCGGUCGCUGGACGCUGGAAGUAUGAAUGGAUAUCAAUAUCAGAUGCGUAUUAUAAAGACGUCAAGAUAUCUGCUCCUCCCUUCUCACAAGUUGUGCAUCCUCAAUCUGAAGCACGAUUCAAUAUUGGCGACAAGUUGCUGAGGUGUAUUGGUGACCAUGUCAAGCUUAGAGUAGAUUUGCAAGGAUCUGGUCCAUGGACUCUGACCUAUGAUACUAUAGCAGAUGGUGCUUCACUUGGUCGCACGAGGUUGAAUGUUGCAACGUCCCCAGCAUUUAUAGUCACGCCGCCUUUCAACUCUUCCGGGGAAGUCAAGAUUGACCUAAUUGAAAUUACGGAUGCUAAUGGUUGUAACUUCCCAUUAUCUGUACCUCAAGCAUCAGUGUCUGUGUUGACACAACGACCUGCUGCGAGCUUCAUUUGUCCAAAGCCAGUGGAGAUAUUGGAGAAUCAGAUUGCAAACCUGCAUUUGUCGCUUUCUGGACAUCCGCCUUAUAAGAUCAAGGUUCGCCACGUCGAAACAGGCCAAACAUUUGAUACAGACAAGUCUCCUCUUCCUGUCAGGCUAGCUGGGGUCUACGAACUAGAAUCGCUCACGGAUGCUUACUGUUAUGGAAAAUUAAAGUCACCAAUGAAAUGUGAAGUGACGAUCACUCCAAGGCCCUCGUUGAUUUUGGAUCACAAUCAAUGUGCCAACUACAAAGAAGGAAUUUGCUGCACUCCAGAAAUCUGUGAGGGUGAUACGUCAAUCGUGCAUGUGGACAUUAAGGGCAAGCCGCCGUUUACACUAGACUUGACUCAAGAAACUGAAGACGCAUCAAAGCGUUCUUCAGUGGAAUCGAAGCAUAUAGACACCGAUAAACGUGCCGCAAUCCCAUUGUCAAGUCUUCCAGGCCGUCAUACCUACCAUAUCACAGGCGUACGAGACGGAAACUACCCGAUCGAUGUACCUAAACGGAAUGAGAUCCAGUUGGUACAUAAAGUCAAAGCAAGGCCACGUGCGACUCUCGGGCAUGCACCAGUACGAAUAUUUCGAUGUGCUUCUGAUGGUCCAUCUGGAUUGGAUAGUCCAGACGCUCUAAAUGACAGUGAGGCAUUGUUAACGAUUGAUCUGUCCGGCGAGCCACCAUUUGUGUUGUCUCUGAGAGUCAAGCAAGAUGGUUUCGCUCAUACUCAGAUACGUGUCGACAACAUAACGGAAUCCACAUAUGGACUACCCUUAACUCGAAUGGCUGAGUCUGCUGGCUCGCUCACUAUAUCAUUGCUCAGGGUUUCUGAUGCAACUGGAUGUCCGCGUGACUAUGAUCCAGGUUUGGUUGAGCACCAAAAAACAAUUCAAGUAACAGAUGUAGCACGGAUAACGUCUCUAAGUCCAGCUUCUGCAUGUGUCGGUGAAACUCUGCUUUUCUCAUUACAAGGUGUUCCUCCCUUCUUUAUCAAAUACCGUCUGGGUAACAAGACAUUGACAGAACAGGAAUCGCAACCUGUAUUCUCAGUGUCUGCUACUCAAUCCGGUGUGGUAACGGUUGACGAAGUAUGUAAUCGAGCUGAGGGACUAGGUCAAGUAGAAAGGUGCUGCCCAGUCUCUCUAUCCCACACCGUACACGAAAUCCCCUCUGUAAGGGUGGACGGAGGACACGCGACGAUUGACGACAUUCAAGAAGGAGGAACCUCGCUCAUUACAUUUGACUUUAUGGGCACACCGCCGUUCAACAUGACGUACAAACGCUCGACACCAGGACAGCCAGAUGAGACCUUCCGUGUUGCUGAUAUAAAGAGUCGCCAUUACGAAGUCGAGACCUCACAAGAGGGAACUUACCGAGUAGUUUCCAUUGCAGAUAAGUACUGCGCUUAUCCACGUAAGAGCUGA